AUGGCUCCCGUGCGGAUGGCGCCUUCGGAGAGCGGGGCCGGGCCUCGUCCUCCUCCGCAGCUCCACCUCCGUCGGGGCGGGGAUCCUCCUCCCCGGCUCCCUGCCUGGCUUUCCCCGCGGCCGCGGGGCUCCUCCACUCGGAGCCGGGAUGGCGAUCGGGCCGGUGGGGCCCUUGGCCCUCCUCUUGGCCCUGAUCUGGGCUUGCAAGGCCGCCGGAGCAGGAACCAAAGAACAGGUGGUUGGGGAAGUUGGAGGGGAAGUGACCCUGACAUGCCGGAAUGCAUCUUGGCAAGCGGUCCAGGUGGACUGGUUUCAUGGCGAACCAGGUGCCAUCCCCAUCCUCUUCUCAUCAGAUGGCAAGCUCCCUUCCGAUGCUCGCUUCUCUUUGGUGGCGAACAGUUCCUUGCACAUCUCAGGGUUGCGCCUGGAGGAUGAAGGCAACUACACCUGCAAGGAAACACUGAAUGCAACAGCCAGCCUGCACAGGAUCCAGUUGCUCAUAGCCAGUGGCCCUGGCCAAGUCAAUGUCAACAUCUACCCCACCACAGCAUUGCUGAAUGGGACACUGUAUGCAAAGAGACAUGACAUCCUCAACUUCACCUGCACCAGUGACUCCUGGCCUGUACCCAUAACCAAAUGGGAUUUCAACCAGUCCACUUCCCUGCAGGAGCCAUUCACGGAAGUCAGUGACACCCUGGGCUACUUUGUCCUCUAUAACAUUUCACCCAGGUACCAAGGGAAUUACUCGUGUUUGGUAACCAACCCGCUCAGUGGCCGCCGACAGACUGUGACCCGUGAACUCUUGAUCUAUUAUCCUCCACCAUUGUUGCCCCAGUGUUGGGCUCAGACUUCCAAAGAAGGGUCUGGAGGGGUGCAGCUGUUCUGCAGCUGGCCUGGGGGUUACCCUCAUCCCACACUCCAAUGGACAGACCAUGAGAACCUGAGUUUGGCUAUCAACACAACUGAUAGAGCAGACACCAUUGUGGUGACACUGAACAGCACACACCUGCUGUACAGGAAGACGUUUGUGUGUCAUGGAAGCCAUAUCCUAAAUCAGGAGGACCAAACUUGUACCAUCCAGUUGGAGAGCCCUUCGGUCACAUCUGACCCAAUGCGGAGCUGUUUUGCAGGGAGAACUGCCAUUCUGACCUGCCAGUCAACAGCUGGCAACCCGCCAGCCCAGAUCACCUGGUUACGUAAUGCCUCCCAGCCAAAGACAGUGAUCCGGUCUGGUGGGAAGUUUCUCAUCAGCCAAAACGGCAGUGUCUCCACCCUUGUCAUCCGGAACUGCUCCCAUGGCACUGAGCAGGGUUACUACGUCUGCAAAGCUGAGAACCCCCUGGGGCUGAAGGAGGUGUAUGUCCAACUCACUGUGACCGAGCCAGUGAACAUUGCAGGCAUUGUGGGAGCAGUUGUCAUCCUGUUGCUUCUGGGUAUUCUGAUCCUUUCUGGGGUCAUCUUGUACACUGGACCCCGUUUAUGCCCCAAAGGCCACAUGCUCAGGAAUCGAGAUGCAAGUGACAUCCUUGUACUGAUGGACUCAGAGGAAGAAGAUCUACCCAUGGAAACAACUGGGGAGCCUGCUUUGCAUCAAGCAGUAGCAAAUGGCUGUUUUCCCAGGCCUUCUGAAAAUUCCCAUGCGAAAGUGCCCACUGAAAUCUCACUGGAAGAAAUAAAAAGGGAUUCAAAACCCACAGUGUAAGGGAGUUCUCCAUCAUACAUGCUAAUAACCAAAGCAGCCUCACAAGAUGGUUCCAUCCAAAACUGGUCCAGGAGGAAAGGACUAGUACUAUUGGCAUCCAGCUUAGGCAACUCUCAGUCAUUUUUUGAUCCUUUGCUUGUCUUUCCUACAUGUUGUGGUUCUCCUACAUGUUAAUUCUUCCCUCUGUCUCCUUGCUGGAGAGGGUGUUUGCAACUUAACAGCCACAAUGUAGGAAAUAGAUCUAGGACAGGAGUACAGUGGUUUCUUCAGCUGAAGCAUGAUGUCAGAUCAAGAUCAUUUUAGGAAUGAGCUUCAGUGAGCAAGAAGGACCUUGAGCAUCAGGAAGGGCUGGAGAAAGAGAGGGUGGGAUUAUCUAUCUGGAUCACAGUUCCAUUUGUCCCAUUGGGAUCUUCCUUGCGAACUGUAGUUGAUGCUUUCCUAUCCCAGGUUGAGCCCCAGGUUGAGCAUCAGCUUGUGUAUCUGCAGAUGAGUGGAAGUGGCCAGGACUGUUUCUGCUGUGACCUUAAGCAAUUUCCUCUCUUCUGGGAUCCUCAGCACUAGAUGAAUGUCAGGAUAAUGGGGUGCCCAAAAUAAUAAUGGGACUAAGCUGCUAGAGUGAUGCAGAAAGACAAAUUUUGGAAGGAAGUGGGGUUUAGUAUGGUUUAGCCUAGAGAAGAGACCAAUGCUAGCUCUCUUCAACUACCUAGGAAACACGUGGAUAGUCUGCUAUUAAGUCCUGUCUAGGGACAAUUCAUUCCCAAGUUCCUCCAUUCUCCUAUCCAUCCUCAGUUGGCAUACUGGAUCCAGUUCUGGGUACCACAGUUUAAAAAGGAUGAGGACAACUUGGAGUGGGUUCAGAACAGAACAGCCAAGAUGGUUGGGGGAUGGAAAGCAAAUGCUCUGAAGGAAGGUUGAAGAAACCAGCUUUUUAGCUUGGAAAGAUGAAAAGGGAGUAGAGAGACCCUCUUCUCAGUGGCCCUCUUCUAAUACUUGAAGUAGUUUCCAAGAGGGCAGGACUAGAUCUAAUGGCCAUUAGAGAAGAGAGAUUUGGAGUGAACAUUGGGAGAAACCUCUUGAGGGUGAGAGCUGACUGAGGAUGGAACACUAUGUCUAAAAGGAAGGUAGCUUUUUCUUGCUGGAAUUUUUCAAGCACAUGCUGCACAGAAAUCUGUUAGGUAAGCUUCAGUUCUGGACUCUCUCUUUCUGCCCCCCACCCCCACCCCAUAACUAAUAGGAAAGCAUGGGAGGAUUACACAUGGAAGAUGAUGUUUACUCCCACCGUGUAAAAUUCUGUGAGUUAGAGAACUUAAUGCACUUCAUCUACAGGUGUCCCUGCUCAAGCCCUAUCAUGUUAUACUUGCAUUAUGUAAGGGAGGAACGCCACUCCUGCACCACUAGCAGGUCAUAAUGAGCCAGCUCUGGCUUUGAACAGGGUUAUUUCAAGAUAAAAUGUAAUUAUUACUGUUACAUUAUUAGUAGUAAGAAAGCUUGGCCAGUCUGUGAAAUAUCCACAAGACGUUGACCAGUAAAUCCUGAUCUACCUCAGUAGGUUUCAGAUUGCUUUUGAAUAACUAACCUUAGCUGAAAAUGAAGGCACAGGAGUAAGUUAAUAAAUGUGACUUGUCCCCAUCCAGUGAAUGAAAUGUGCACUAGGCUGGAGUAUAUUUUGCUGCAAAAAAUCCACCCAGAACUAAGCCUACACUGUGUGCAUUUGAUGACAAAAACACCUGCACCGUUGCAAACAGUGUCCCCACAUUUCCAUCAUUGGCCCCAUAUAUGGACUUUUUACAAACAUAAAUGGCUAGGGCAAAAAUGGUCUGAAGAGAUCUAUUGCUUUUUGCUAUGGGGAAGCAGUUUUUGUCCCUGCCCAUGUAAUGUACUGGGACAAAAUACGCCCUGGGCAAUUUUUCAGCGGACCAUGCUAUUGAGACGUGGAAGUGACAGACUUGGAUUGUCAGAAGGUUGGCUCCAUGGGUGGGAAUUAUGAGUUUUCAGAGGAUUGGGGAAACAACAUGAAAGCUAUGUUAGCCCCGCUGCUGGUACGAAGGGAUUCUAAUGGGGCUAGAAAAUAACCACCAACUCAUUGAGUACAAGGUUUGUUGUUUUCCUUGUCCUGCUGUGUGACGGUUAGUCAAGCAAAAUCUGUAGCUAAUGUGAAAUAAAUACUGCAUCCGAUCACUAUUGGGCAAUAUUGCAAAUGAGUAAGAAAGCAGCUUACUCGACACCAUCAUCCAGGUUUGCAUUAUGCUCCAUGGAAAUGAAGAGCAGACUUUUCAGAGUGUGGAUCUUUUCGCCUUAGUUUUCCCAGAUUUUACACAGAUCCCUGCAGUUUAUGCAGCCCACCCAUGUAUGUCUUAGGCCAGUGUUACUCAAAGUGCUGGUCCCUCGAUCAUUGGUCCCUGGCAAGCUUGCAGGAAAGAAAAACACACAAUUGUACCCAGUAGGCAUAAAUACGGCGCCAGUCCCUGGUGCACUGAGGAAAACUAAUUGCCUGUCUCCCAGCUUAGAUAACUUGGGAAGCACUGUCUGAUGCUGUAAACAGUCUUGGGACAUGGAGCGACUGGCCCGGGAAGAAAUGUUCUCUUAAGGCAAGCAUUUUUCCAAAGGGCUAUUGCGAUGGAGAUUAUUUUCCUGUAAAUUAUGCAACUGUGGCAGUGGUCUUUCACUUACAGAAUAAAAAUGUGUGUUUUGGAUGAUGA